CGUUUCCACAAUUUAACUGGUUGCGGGCAGCUUGUGAAAGAAGAUUUAAAGCUUAGGCCUAGUUACGGUCUUGGCUCCACCGGCUCUGCCCUUUGUCCCUCAGCCAUAGUUGGUCUUGAAGGUGAAGGCUGUCAUAUGGCGCCGACAUUCUGCUUAUUUUUUCCCCCCACUGUUUAGAAAAUCUAGUUGGCCGAAAGGAUCGAAUUGAGAGGGGGUGGAGUGGAGAGUGAAGUUUGUGUUUCCGGAUCACUCUAUCUGUUCCGGGCAGGACCUGUUGGCCAUGGUUGCAGCUUGUGCAUGCCCUUCGUGUUUGCCGGCCAUGAACUAUGUCUAAUGCAGAAACUAGUGCUGGGUCUUCAGAACUUGAAGGAGAAAUGAGUGGUCCCCGUUCAAAAAGACGAAAAACAGAGAGUGUUGCUGAAGAAGGUGAAUGUGAUUCCACUGAAUUGCCUGAAAAAGAAAAAACAAAUGGUGCUGAAAAGCAAAAUGAAUCUGAACUCUGUGCCCCACACACCAAUUCAAGUUCUCAGCAUGAAAACAUUGCAAUUGAGUCAUCAGUUUUGAAAUUCAAAGAGGACAGCGGGCACCCUGAUAAAAAUGAUAUUACUGUGCCUGAAAACAAUGCUGAACUUGAAAAUGAGUUAAGCCUAUUUUAUAAGGAAUUGGAGAAAAUUGAAAAUGAAACUGAAUGUGUGGAUGAUUUAGUAAGUUCAGAAAAAUGUCAAGGAAACACAACUGUGGAUAAACGUGAUGGAAAAAAGACUGGCAAGACAUGCAAAAAGACUACAAAUGGGAAACAUAAAGCUCAAGAUGUAUGUGACCCUCGUAUUGGUAGACCACAAAUUCCAACCACUGAACACUUAGGUAAUGCAGAUUGGAAUAAAAUUUUGUCUCCUGCAAGGCCUCAAUGGAAUCAGCCACAGGCUUUUAUUGGUCCGCAAGAACCACCUCUGCCAAGGUUUGGUAUUCCACUCGAUUGUCAAAGAUACAGUGGCCCAUCACAGGAGCUGAUGCCUUUUCCUAAUAACAAGCCACCUUUAAGUAACAGCUACAGCAGUGUCUGCAACAAUACUGUGCCAUUGCAAGCUGGAAAUGAGUGUUGUAGCAUUUGGGCAUUCCCCAACGGCGACAACAGAAUGCAACCUGGGCAAAACUACUUUCAUGAUUAUUGUCCACGUGAAAAUGUGGAGCAUCAAUCCAAUAUGCUGGGGCUUGGUAUAUAUCAUUUGUGUCAGCAGCAUCAGAAAACAGAACCGCAAUUAAAACCAGGAAUUGAAGAUAAAGUUCUCAUAUUUAUGCGUGGUCCACCAGGCUGUGGAAAAUCUACUCUUUCACGGUUGCUUUUAGCUCAAAGUCCGAAUGGUGUGGCAUUAAGCACAGAUGAUUAUUUCUGUCAGAAUGGGGUUUACUGUUUUGACCCCAGUUACCUUGGAGAAGCUCAUGAGUGGAAUCAGAACAGAGCUAAACAGUCAAUGGAUGAAGGCAGAUCACCUAUAAUUAUAGAUAAUACUAAUAUCCAGGCAUGGGAAAUGAAACCAUAUGCGCAAAUGGCUGUGGAACGGUGUUACAGCUUGAGUUUUCGGGAGCCAGAAACCUGGUGGAAGUUUAAUGUUGUGGAGCUAGAAAAGAGGAAUAAGCAUCGAGUUCCACGUGAGAAGAUAAUUCAAAUGAUGGAGCGCUUUGAAUAUCCUAUUUCUUCAGAAAUAGUGUUGAAUGCAGUGGAGCCUUCUCGCAACAAUAAAGUUUUGCUCGAUCUGCUUCCACAUUGCAGCCAGAGGCAAAGGAAAAUUAAGAAGAAACCAAAGGUACAUACUCCUGUAAACAAUUGUACAAGAGGUGAAACACAGAAAAAGAAAAAGCACAGGCGACACAGAAAAGUGAAAUCUUGCCAAAACAAAAUGUCUGAGAUGAAAACUGAAAUCCAUUGGUGUACAGGAUAUUGGGAGCAGCAUGCAACAAAACAUGAAGAUGACCUCUCAAAUGAAGAGCACAGUGAAUCAGAAAACCUUCAUGCUACUGACUUGAUAACUGUAAUGAGAGUUUCUCAAGAUCGAAUUGGAACACAAGUAGAGAAUAUUCUUAACUGCAAACCAUUUAAAUAUGAACAAGUUGUUAAAGGACAUUUUAAAAUUACAAAUGUUUUGCCUGAGCCAUCAUUUGACGUAUACAUAAAUCUAUUAGAAAGUUUUGAAGAUUCAUUUGAUUUAGAAAAUGUCUUGCCUUUACCAGGUAUUUGCAGGGAAGCAAAUCGUACAGCUAUGGAACUGAAAUGUUGUAAUUACAAAAGUGAAAAAGCCCAUUUUGGUUCUAUACAUCACCCAUUUGAGUUUGAAAGUCUAUUGAAGAAAGCAUCAUUGGAGUAUAUUCAAGGUCAGCGACCUGUAGAGAUCCCAUCUUUAGAAGACCAUGUCAUAGAUUGUAAAAGAAAGGAGUUUGUCAAUCUAAUUUUGUGCAGAAUUUUUUUAACUAAUUUAUUGAAAAUUAAAAAUAAUCCAUUGUCUCAUAGUCUCCUUUGUCCUGAAAGCUCUUCCAAUAAGAGAGUUUGUCAAGAAAACAAUUGUGCUCUGCAAUUGAGCCUACAAGAUAACUCUUCUAAAAUGAAUUUAUUUGCACUUUCUAACAUUCUUUCUGAAGCAGCUGAUGGUAUGAAAGAAAAACGCAGUUUAUGUACUGAUAAAUGGAUUAACGAAACUGAUAAACAGACAAUAUCUAUAUUGCAAGAUUAUGUUUACAAUCCACCAUUGUCCAGGAUAAAUUCCAGAAGAAAACAAAAAAGAUUCUACAGAUUAGCACCAACUUUUCAGAUUUCUCGAAAUAUCCCAGUUGACUUGGAAAAAAACAGAAGACAUGAAUUAUUCUUGAGUGCGACCAAACCAAUGAACAGUGUGUCAGCAACUAAUAUCUUUCAGAGUGAAAUAGCAAAAAUAAAGCUUGGUAAACUGGAAAAUACAGGAACGUGUCAUGUAAAAUUGGAUCAAACUGCUGUUGAGGGUUCUCAAUUCUGUGAAACCAUUUCAUUGUGCAAAACAACCUAUAAUAGUGUAAAGAAGGAAGGUAAAACUAAAAACAGCUUAAUAAAACAGAUGCAAGAUGAGUCAUGUAAUGCACAGUCAUGGCAUUCCGUCAGAGGUGAAACAACGCAUAAUGAUUUGCUUUCAGACCCAUCAAAUGAAACACAUAUCCAUCCCAUUAAUUCUUCUGUGACUAGAUUAAACCAAAGCAAAACAGUUUUCACAGUAAAACCAAUCUCAAUGUCUUUGCCCAAUGCAAACAUCUCCAGUUCUUCUGAAGCUUUAUGUUACAAAUUAGACAACAUGAAGAAAAAACAUUAUUUGUCUCAGUUCAAACAAUACGGUGAAUUAACCUGCAAUCCAUGUGUCGAAUGUGAACCAUCAGAAAAAUCGAGGCAAACUAUUGACCAAGAAUUUGUAAAGUUCUCCGAAAAAUGCGCUUUUCUUGAACUACAAUUAUCACUUGAAUUUGCAUUACAGCUUGUAGAGUUGUUUGGGUCGCCUGGUAUUGACCCUGGUAAGUUGAGAUACGCUCAGUGAAUUAAAGCAUGUUUUUCUUCCUUUCUGACAUACAUCAUCCUUUGAAUCCAUAAUGAUUCUGGUUUGCGCAGCUCUUUUGAAGUAUAUGUAUUAGUUGAAUUAAAAAUGAAGUGCUUUUAAUUUUAAUACUAAAGUGAUGUUUGUGUUGAAAUUGAAAUUUUUAUAGUCUAAAUAGAUACAGCAAUUCUUUGUGUCAUUUAUCUAUAAAUGCUAAGCUACGUUCAGCUGUUAAUAUUACUUGGUAUGAUGCCUGCCUUCUGACAGUUUCUCUGGCAACAAAAAAUCAUAAAAUACAAACUGAGGAAUAAGCCUAAGCUUUUUCAUGAUGGUAACAAAUAUUGUGAAAGUGGCUAUAUUGCUUUCCUGAAUCCCUUAAAUUAUUAAUAUCUUGGAAGUCACUCAAACAAAUGUUAACUUUGUUGUAGCUUGUUCGUUUUGACCUAUCAUGCUUGAACUGACUGUUCAAGAUUCUUGUUUAUUUUCACAACCUUACUCAUUGUAGAAAAUCCUUUAAGUUCCUCAUCCUUAAUUCAUUUCCAAUCUUCCUUUCAAAGACCACAUUUUUAUGUAAAGCAUUCCCAAUCCAACCAAUUCUAUGCAGAGGAUAAAGACUAUCUCAUGAUAAACAAUCCAUUCUGUGACAAAUUGCAUGUCAACACAUUGUAACGUUGACUUCCCAAUCCAGAAGCUGUUCUCACACACUAACCAUGGCAUUCACACGGAGAAAAUAAUAAAGUGGAAUGCUGCUUGUGAUCUUUUGAAACUGAUUUUAUAUCAGUGGCACCAU